AUGGCAGGCACCAUUAAUUUCAUGACAUUCAAUGUUCGACAUGACCAUCAUGGCCAUUCAGACACAACGCCUUUUGCUUCUCCCCCUGCCAGAGAACAUCCCUUGGAGAAGGAGGAAUUUGGUGGAGAACAACCAUGGUCCAUUAGAAAGUGGAAAGUUGUUGACACUAUUUUGCUUUACUCUCCUGAUAUUUUAGCAUUGCAGGAAACUGUGCUUCAUCAAUUGCAAGACAUCCAAGCACUCUUGGACGAUGAAUACCAAUGGGUUGGUGUAGGUCGUAUCGAUGGUGACAAGGAUGGAGAAAUCUCUGCUGUUUUCUACAAAAGAGAUAUUUUGACAGUCGAGGAUUGGAAGACGAUUUGGUUAUCAGAGCAACCAGAAAUUGCAGGAAGUAUCAGUUGGGAUGCUAGACAUCCUCGCACUGCAACCCAAGUAACAUUCAAAAAGAAUGACACUGUAUUUACGGUAUUCAACACACACAUGGAUCACGUUGGUGUGCAAGCAAGAGAAGAGGGAUCCAAGUUGAUUUUACAGAGAGCCCGUGAAGCCAGUGCCAAGGGUGCCGUCAUUCUCUUGGGAGAUCUCAAUUCCACAGAAGAUGAUCCUGCCUACCUCUGCUUGACCAACGGCAAGUACAAGGAAUCCAAGGGCAGCAAUGAUACACUUGCCAAUUUGCACGAGUUGAAUCAAGUUUGUGCAUCCGCUUACUCUCAAAAGUCAGGCGAACCUGUAAGAACACAAGAAGGACAUAUAACAUUACCUACACAUCGAGUCAUCCGUCCAGGACAGAUCCUUGCCAACCUGAACAAACAAAAGGAACAACAAGAACAGGAUGAACAGAGGCCCAAGUACUUUUUAGAUGCCCAUUAUGAAUUGACAAGCCGACUUGCAGCCAAAGGAAAGCCUGGUACAUUGAGUGGACCUUAUGGCUUUAGAAAUACCCUGACUAGCUUUGGUGAAGGUUCUCAAGAUUUUGCCAGAGCACCUAUUCGCAUUGACUUCAUCAUGCCUCUUGAAAGCAACACUGUUCAUGUGCAAGUACUUCAAUCUGCUAUCCUCAGUAAUCAAUUCGACGACGGUCUCUAUAUCAGUGAUCAUCGCCCUGUCUUUGCCAAACUCUCUUGGUAA